CCGGUCGCUGAGCCCCACUUUGGACCCCGGACGCCGGCCUCCCAUGCAGUUCCUGCGGCUGCUGAUGGCCCUGAGCGCCGCGGGGCUCUGCUGGCUCCUCCUGUGCGCGCUGCGCAGGCACGACCUCCGCCAAGGUGAGCCGCAGGCGGGCAGCUGCCAAGUGGUGACGCUGGAGCGCGGCGACGGCGGCCAACCCGGACGAAGCGUCGCCCGGCGGACGGCCCGCUGCGCUUGCGUCCCGGGACAAAUGGCCGGCGCCACCCGCGCCCGCCCCGCCUGCGUACGCGGUGAGACCGUCAGCUCAUCAUUUUUGGCACACAGCAAAAAAACCGACAUCGUGCUGAGUCGUCAGUGGUGCCGGAUGAGUCCGUGUCUGGACGGCGAGGGCUGUGAAUUGCUCGGCGACCGGUCGGGCUGGACCUGCACGCGACCGGGGGGAGGAGUCAAGACCACCACGGUGAGAACGCUCGGCUCACCCUUGGCUUGA